ACGAAUUACGAUUAUUUAGAAUUAUUACAAACAAAAUAGAUUUGCACUGUCGUAAUAAAUAAUAAAAUAUUGCAGGAAUUUAUGAGAUUUUAUAGUCUCUUGUUAUUAGUUAAUAUAAUUUAUAUAGGAAAGACGAAGUUUUUGUACUAACCUUUAAGUAUUUCAAAAUUUUUCUCCUUGAAGGUAUGUUUAUUUGUCUUUUCAUAUUCUUCAGUAAAAAAAUAAAUAACGUACGUAAAUAAUUUUGAAUACCAGAAUAUACAAAAGUAAGCAAAAUAAAAUGUGUUCUUAUAUAUUUCGCGUUGCCUAACAAUGUGGUUUAAUAUGAGUUUUUAAAUACAGAUGCCAGCAGCAAGUUUCGGUACCUUAGUGCUUACGAAUGCAUUGAAAGAAGACUGUUCUAUUAAAAACGUUUGGAACCAUAAUCUUCAUGAGGAGUUUCAGGUUAUAAGACAGGUAGUACAAAAGUUUCAUUGGGUGGCUAUGGACACAGAAUUUCCUGGGGUAGUAGCAAGACCCAUAGGAGAAUUUAGGUCUACUGCUGAUUAUCAGUACCAAUUACUAAGGUGCAAUGUCGACCUUCUAAGAAUAAUUCAACUAGGACUAACAUUUAUGGACGAAAGUGGAAAAACACCACCUGGCUGUACCACAUGGCAGUUCAAUUUUAAAUUCAAUUUACAGGAAGACAUGUAUGCUCAAGAUUCUAUAGAUUUACUACAGAAUUCGGGUCUCCAAUUUCGGGAACACGAGGAACAUGGAAUAGAACCUCUUGAAUUUGCUGAAUUACUCAUGUCUUCUGGUAUUGUACUUAUGGAUAACAUCAAUUGGUUAAGCUUUCAUUCUGGUUAUGACUUUGGAUAUUUACUAAAACUGCUUACAGACCAAAAUUUACCUCAGGAAGAAAAUGAUUUCUUUGAUAGUCUCCGUUUGUACUUUCCAACAGUUUACGAUGUAAAAUACUUGAUGAAGUUAUGCAAGAAUUUAAAGGGAGGCCUCCAGGAAGUAGCUGAUCAGCUUGAACUCCGACGGGUGGGUCCACAGCAUCAGGCGGGUUCUGAUUCCCACCUUACUGGAAUGGCUUUCUUUAAAAUAAAGGAGAUUUUCUUUGAUGACAACAUUGAAAGUACAAGUGGCCAUCUCUACGGAUUAGGAGCCCCAUUUUCAACAAACGUUAAUAACUUCCAAGAUAAUGGCGAAAAUGGUAACUCGCCUUGAUUGAGCGAACUUUUGUAUUUAUAGAGUAUCACCUCGAAACCAGCUGGAAAGUCAGUGGCAUGGAUUGAAUGCUAAAGUUCAAAUGUGCAGAAGGCAACGGUAAUAAAUCGAGUGAAAAAUCGAAACUAAUAAGUUUGUAUGAUUGUCCCAAAGAUAUUAAAAGUAAUAAUAAUAUUGAAAUUUCAAUGAAUUUUAAACCUUCUAAUUAUUAUUGUCAUAUUUUUUAUGAAUAUUAUGUUUGUAUCUUGAGCCUCUCUAUGGUUAAAGCAAACUUUCACACCUUAUAUAGACUUAAAUAUUUUCGUAUUUUUAAUUUAAUUUGCAAACUAGUUGUAAAACGAAAGAAUUGAAAAAUUUUGUCGAUAUCGGACUUGAUUUAUCAG